CUGCACUUCCGCGGAUCGUUUGCUCGGACCCGUCAUCGACAUGGACUUCUUGUGUCCGGAAAUCGAACAGUUGGUGUCGUGCCACACGUGCGGCGCGCAAGCAUUACCACCGUACCAGUUGUGCGUGGAGGCUCACGUGGCCUGCCCUCCGUGUACCAAGUACCAGCCGCGGUGCGCAUGCGGUUGUCGCUUCCUCAAAAGGUCCAACACGACAUUGGACUGGCUGGUAUCAGCGAUGAAGUUGAGGUGCAAGUACCGUGCGAACGGUAGCGCGGACGGCAGUCCACUCUCGUCCGUCCCGAGCCAAGUGGACUGCUCGAAUAAGUGGUACGCGGUACAGGACCUCCGCGAUCACUACCGGACGGGUUGCAUGCGGAACUUGUUCACGUGCCCGAUACGGAACUGCGGUCACGUGGCCCGCGUCGACACCAUAACCGAACAUUACGAAACGGCACACGGUCCUUUUCCGCUGCUCGUUCCAGACGACCAGUUGCUUUCGGGAAAUUGUGUCCUGUUCCAGUUACCGGCCAAAAGGCAGGCGGAAAUCAUAAAAAAGAUUUUCAACGGAUACUUUAUGUUCAGCGUGAAGCCGCAACGUCGCAUGCAAAGAGACAUCAACCCGCUACUGUCCAUGCAAAACAUCAAUCCCUCAGACCUUUUUCAGUACACGUACACCGCAACGCAAGAGUCAAACCAAAAAAUGAUAACGGUCACCGUAUCGCUGGUGGAGACGUACAGUUCCCCAAUGCAUAAUAGGAUGUAGCUAGUUUUAUUUUUAUACUCACAGUAUAUAAUAUAUAUUUUA